AACACGCGCUCACACUGUAGUGAAGAGAGUGAUUGUUUAGGUUAAUGAGCAGUACAACAAGGUGGAUCUAACAUUUUGGUGGGGUGUUUUUCUUUUUUGACUUCACACCAUGGAGAUCUCUAUAGUGUUCGUUUCCGUUUUACUGGCUGUCCUGCGCGUGUCGUCUGCUGCUGUUGCCAUGGGAUUAGGGCCGUGUCCAGAACAGAAAAAGCCCGGAGAAAAGUGGUACCCAUCAGAUUGUCAGGAGUGUACCUGCCAUGGGGGUAGCUGGACCUGUGAAAGUUGCGGUACAGGUCAGUUGCACUACGACCCUGGAAACUGCUACGUGGAAAACACGCAUGGGAAGAAAUUUCCGGACUGCUGCUUGCCAGAUGUGAGGUGCAGAGGGAAGCCAGGCUUCGACAAGAGCAGACUGCUCUAUGACGUCAAUAAGGAUAACGAGGCGACCUUGAACGACGCCCCAGCAAGCCCUUCGAAAAUAAAACUCAAAAAACCAAGCAGGAAAGGCAAAAAGAACAAGAAAGAGAAUAAAAUAAAACUGAAUAAACUCAAGAAGAAACUAAAAGGUAAACAAGGUCAAAAAACAAAGACCUCACAAUUUUACUGAACCACUACACAACUGAAAACCACAUAGCAGAGAAACACUACAGAAAUGUAUUUUGAAAAUAUUAACAUUCUUUUAUUACGUUAAGGUCAAGGUUGAUGGUCUAAUUGGGCAGAAUGCUAAAACUUUUUGUUUACAUUAAAUUGUAAUCUUUAGUGUUCCAAUAAUUUUAGAUCAUAAAAAAAAUUAAAUUAAUUGUAGCUUUUGAUAUUUGGUAUCGCAAAUAGCGUAGGAUUAAAAUAUAUACUUUAAACAGAUUACUUGUUGAAUACCAGUAAACACAAUUCGCACAUCUCUUAGUAUGAGGUCACCCAUUUAUAAUGAUUAGUAGCCUUCACCUGAAGUCUUUUGAGCAGUUAGGAUAUCACCUGUGAUCUACUGACUGGUGCGCUCCAUUCCUCUAUGUUAUGUCCUUGGUAAUCAUAUGUAAAUGUCACACAACCAUUCUCUAUAGUUCAGGUUGUCUUCCCAUUUUUGUUUUGUUUUUUUUUACUUGUGCUAUAAAUGGUCUACAGGUUUGUACAUAUUUUUGUUGUAUACACUCGUUUUUGAAAUAAUAUUGUGUCGCUCGACACAUUUCUUAGUAAAUGUCUUGAUAAGUGAAUUGAUAAGUGAAUUGAUAAAUGGAUUGAUAAGUGAAUUGAUAAAUGGAUUGAUAAAUGGAUUGAUAAAUGGAUUGAUAAGUGAAUUGAUAAAUGGAUUGAUAAGGGAAUUGAUAAAUGGAUUGAUAAAUGUCUUGAUAAAUGGAUUGAUAAGUGAAUUGAUAAAUGGAUUGAUAAAUGGAUUGAUAAAUGGAUUGAUAAAUGGAUUGAUAAAUGGAUUGAUAAAUGUCUUGAUAAAUGUCUUGAUAAAUGUCUUGAUAAAUGUCUUGAUAAAUGGAUUGAUAAAUGGAUUGAUAAAUGAAUUGAUAAAUGGAUUGAUAAAUGAAUUGAUAAAUGGAUUGAUAAAUGAAUUGAUAAAUGGAUUGAUAAAUGAAUUGAUAAAUGGAUUGAUAAAUGAAUUGAUAAAUGGAUUGAUAAAUGGAUUGAUAAAUGGCUUGAUAAAUGGAUUGAUAAAUGGAUUGAUAAAUGGAUUGAUAAAUGGAUUGAUAAAUGGAUUGAUAAAUGGAUUGAUAAAUGUCUUGAUAAAUGUCUUGAUAAAUGGAUUGAUAAAUGUCUUGAUAAAUGGAUUGAUAAAUGGAUUGAUAAAUGAAUUGAUAAAUGGAUUGAUAAAUGAAUUGAUAAAUGGAUUGAUAAAUGAAUUGAUAAAUGGAUUGAUAAAUGAAUUGAUAAAUGGAUUGAUAAAUGAAUUGGUAAAUGGAUUGAUAAAUGGAUUGAUAAAUGGCUUGAUAAAUGGAUUGAUAAAUGGAUUGAUAAAUGGAUUGAUAAAUGGAUUGAUAAAUGGAUUGAUAAAUGGAUUGAUAAAUGGAUUGAUAAAUGGCUUGAUAAAUGGAUUGAUAAAUGGCUUGAUAAAUGGAUUGAUAAAUGGAUUGAUAAAUGGAUUGAUAAAUGGCUUGAUAAAUGGAUUGAUAAGUGAAUUGAUAAGUGAAUUGAUAAAUGGAUUGAUAAGUGGCUUGAUAAAUGGAUUGAUAAGUGAAUUGAUAAGUGAAUUGAUAAGUGAAUUGAUAAGUGGCUUGAUAAAUGGAUUGAUAAAUGGCUUGAUAAAUGAAUUGAUAAGUGAAUUGAUAAGUGAAUUGAUAAGUGAAUUGAUAAGUGAAUUGAUAAGUGAAUUGAUAAGUGGCUUGAUAAAUGAAUUGAUAAGUGAAUUGAUAAGUGGCUUAAUAAAUGAAUUGAUAAGUGAAUUGAUAAGUGGCUUGAUAAUUGAAUUGAUAAGUGAAUUGAUAAAUGGCUUGAUAAAUGAAUUGAUAAAUGGCUUGAUAAAUGAAUUGAUCAAUGAAUGGAUAGAUGGCUCGAUAACUCAUUGAAAAGAUGACUUAUCUUCAAACACGACUUGAUAAAUGAAUGGAUAAAAGUUUGUUUGAUGUAGCAAGAUGGUCUUUUAAAAAAAAUGGCACGUUGAAUAGUUUGAUAAAAGGCUUCAGUUUGAUCUAGACCCUGGCUCGUGGAGGUCAUUUAUCUUCACCAUGUCUAGUCUCAUAAUAAGCGGUGAAUCUAGAUCUAUGUGUAGCGUCAGUGGUUAUGUGUACUGUAUGAGUCUAAAUAGAAGCAGAGAGUGUCUUUUAAAAUCUUUAUCAUAUUCUUGGAUUUUUUCAUUUCAUGUUUUUCAUGUUGAUUUGUUUUUUUGUUUUUUUUUAAAUAUUAAACAGAAAAAAAAUCGCUUAA